AUGGCGACGUUCUUCGGCGCCCUGCUGCUCUACAUUGUACCGCCAGCGGGAAUCCUCUUCAUCUAUCUGCUUGCUUCGCUAUCGUUACUCUUUGGAAUGUGUCUGGGUUGGGCCUGGGGACUACUGACCAUGAAAGCUGCUCUGGCAGCACGGCCAGCCUCCCAGACGCAGGCUCUACUCCAGCAGUUGCAGCAGGAAGCCGCAGCGCAGGCGAAAGCGACUGGAGAAGAUCCCUCAUUUGUAGCUGAGAAGCUCAUACAUGAUGGCUUCAUGCUCGACGCACGCGUGACGGUGAUUUUCUACGUGUUGAUCUGUCUGUUCGUCUAUGCCAUGUCGCGAAUCCGCGUCGCGAACCCGAAAUUCGUCCUUGCACAGCUCUUUGGGAUAGUCGUGACGGACCUCUUUUUGCUAUUUGGGCCUACGCUCCCUUCGUUCACGCCAUUACUGGCUAAGGUCCUGGUUGAACCAGCCGCCAUUGGGAUUGGAAUUGGGGCUGUGUGCUGUCUCAUCUUCUUCCCGCAAUCCACAUCCUACGCUGUUCUCGCCAAGAUGGAGCAACUCGUCCGACUCGGGGAAUCACCGCUCCGAUCUACAAGGGGACGCCUCUCGAGGAGGACCUUGAACCUACAGAAACUUGAAGCUGAACGAACGCAGAUCAUUGGCACAUUCAAGGCCAUCGCCCCUGCUAUGGCGUUCCUUCCAUUGGAUCUCUCUCGUGGUCGCUGGGGUCCCCAUGACAUCAAGUCACUUAAUCAGCCGCUACGUCAAGUUAUGAUGGCGGGAUUGUCUCUCCUGGACUUUCAUAUUGAUCGUACAGCCCUGGAUCAGAGGCUGGAGAAACUGGAUAUGCAGCCAGAGAACGAGAACAUGCAGACGAAAGAAAAGGGUCUUCAUGAGGUCGGGCGGCGUCAGUUGCUGGAGACUGCCAACAUGAUGAACGCGUUGAAGGAUCCAGAGAACGGGGCGAUGCGGUCUAGUGCAUUGGACGCAAUGAGGGAAUCUACCUCUGCCGUACUGGAUUUGUGUUCGCAGUCGGUCAAUCUCAUCGCCGACAGCAUCCAUGCCGUAAACUCCACUCGAUGGUUUGCGCGAAACCAAAAGAUCAAGAUGGCCGAUCUUACUGACAGAGUGAAACAUACUCGAGGCACUCUAUCCUCGGCUCGAGCAACAUGUAUUACGAGAACGACUCAGCAGUUGAUCGACAGCCAUGCGGACCUGUUCGAGGAGAAUGGAGAGCUUAAAAGCCCAGAGGAACUCGGUUCCUACUCUCUGCGAGGAAUCAUCCUUGGAAUGGUUGUAGAAGAACGGAUCAUCGCAUUAGCGGAGGCAACAGAAACCCUCCUGGACCAUCUGCACUGUCUUCUGCAGACCCGCCCCGACAAUAAAUUCUGGCUACCAUUUCGACUUCAAUACUGGCUAGCAUGGAUUGUGAACGGCCAUCAGAGGGUACCUGUGUCAGGCUUUUCUCCUGGGGCGAAUGACGACGACCCGGACGUGUUGGAGGAGCAGACGAAAGAAGCUCAUCGACAACUUCGUAUCAGCAGGGGAUACACAAGACCCGUGCAUCGAAACCAGAUACUCAAAACAUUUAUCAUGCUCUAUAAGUGGUUGACGAACCCCGGGGGCAUAGAAGGGCGUCUGGGGCAUUAUUACAGCUCAAACAACCCUUGUCGUGUACAUGGCGGACUUUACCUUUUCGGUGGUGUCUCGUGCGCUCGGGACAGUGCUGGGAGGAGUCUUGGGAAUGGUAGCAUGGUAUAUCGGCUCUGGGCAUGGAACAGGGAACGCAUACGGAAUGGCCGCCAUAACAGCAGCAAUGACGGUGGUCCUGAUGUGGUGGCGUCUGUUCCUCCCACAAGCCUUCAUAAUGGCAGCGAUUAUGAGUGGUGUGACAUUCGUUCUUGUUGUCGGCUUCAGCUACGAUGA